GUCGUGGCCAUGAUGAGUUAAGUAAGGCACCACGGCUGGCAGAAACCAGCUUUGUGUCCACAUUUGGCCUGAUUUACAAUCUGGAAAAAUAAAUAGAUUGUUCUUAUCUUUUAAUUGUGGCAGUAAAAGUCACUGUGGGGAUAUUUGUAUUUCUUGCUAUAGCCUAUAGCUUCUUAUUUUCUUCCUGUUUGUAAACCGUGGCUGUAAAUAUAUUUGUUAACAUUUUGGAGCGAGGUAGCUGUGUUGGAUGUCCCUGGGGUUGGAGAGAAAAAUACUGAGGAGAAUUGCCACACCACUCUACACAUUCUCUCUCCUGCUACCCUUGAAUAGUUGCAUUUAAUUUGAUCUUUUUACAAAAUAUGUAAAUGUUGAAAAAAUGACAAAUGUUUUCGACUUGUACUCGUUUUCCAAACCACCUGCCGCUUCCAAAUGACAGCUAAUCAUUUUCCCCCCCUUCUAUUUUCAAUUUGUGCAUGCUAAUCCCAGGCAUAGAUUGUCUAUUUCUUCAGUUUUCUUCAUGAACUGAGUAAUCUUCUACCCCCCACUUCCUUCUUAGUCCCAUACACUUCUUCCACUCCUCCCACUCUCUUCCUGUCGUCUUUCUCUCCCUUUCCCCCCUGCAGCAUCAAUCUCUCCAUUCCCCUGUCCCUAUCAUCAUCUGCCUUGCCUUGCCUGUGUCUGACAUUCUUUUAUCUGUCUUACAUCCCUUAUAUCUCUCUUCUCUCCUGUGUCCAUGCUCACAUGCACAUAAUAAGACAGCAUAUGUAAUAGUCCAGUGCAGAAUACUGUACUUUAUUAUAAAAAUAAUAUUUAUUAUACAUUAUACAGUACAAAAUCAUCCACUUAACACACACAAACACACAGGUGUAUCUGUCCCAACAAGUCCUUCAUGUGGUCCACCUUCUUCAUUCAAGAUGAGGAUGGAAGGCCAGCGGGCUCAGCUGGGAGCGGGACUGCUGGAGGGGUGGCUGGAAUGUCAGGUUUUGGGGGUGGGCGCAAAGGAGUUGGGGCUAAGCGCCGGGGCAGAACAACGGCAUCAUCAGGCACAGGCGGAAUGAGCGAGAACCAGGAGGGGAAGAUCAAGCUGGCGUUUUUCCUGGCGAUCGUGGGUGUGAUUUUGAGUGUGCUGGGUGUGGGCACAGAGUUCUGGGUGGAACUAUCGCCGUCGAAGAGUUUCUAUGGCAACCAGACAUGUUUGACGGCCCACUAUGGACUGUGGAAGGGCUGCUCCAGGACCCUGUGGGUGGCCGACAUAGACCCAGAGAGGGAGAGCUGCGGUCCAGCCGACCUGCCUGGAGAGUCGAACUGCAGCUACUUCAAGUUCUUUACUACUGGAGAGAGUAAGAUGCUUUUUCAGAAGACAAUGGUGAAGAAUCUGAACAUUGCGGCGGCCAUGUUGUCCAUGUUCAGCCUCUUCCUCAUGGUCAUGGGGUCAGUCUGCGUUAUCAUGGCUCUCAGCAAGGGGGUCCAGUUCUUCCUGAAGCCCGCCUCCUUCUGCUUCGUCCUUUCAGGCAUCCUGGUGUUCCUGUCUCUCAUAGUCUUCCAUCAGUCGGUUCUUUCCUUCCUGGCCAGCGACCACACAGUCCCCCUGCACCACGAGCUGUCCUGGUCAGUGUCUUCUAUGGGCUGUGCUGGAGCCAUCCUCAUCCUGGGCGGAGCCGUCUUUCUGCUCCUGGCCCUGCCCUACAGCCCCUGGCAGAGAUGUCUGCCUCACCAGGACAGCAACAACUAGUGGCCGUAAGGAAGUAUUGCAAUUGAAUAACAAACAAAUUGCAAUAACUUUUUUUCUUCUGUUACACAGUACACACAGGAUUACUCACUUGUCCUGAAUGUUGUUUGUUACGGCUGGGUUGUUGUACUGCGCCAGUUCAUGCGUUUAAAUAGCUAGUGCAACACAUUAUUUGGAUGAAUUUCAAUUACCUUCCCUAGGAAAAAUCUAUUAGAAGUGGUUCCAAGGAUAGUAUUUAGUAUAGUACAGCACUAUCAACUGACCUACUCUGAUGACAUGCAACUGGCUUAGUUUAGGGUCAUGGAUGAUUGCUGUAGGAAUUUGUCAAAUCUUAGUUAGAACUUCUGUAGAAGAGGCACCCUCAAUUAAAAAUGCUACCUCUGUGCCAGAUUUCUGUCAUCUGCCACAAUAAAACCAAUCUCUGUCUAACUAUUCACCCCCCCCCUCCCCCCCCCCCCCCACACACACACACACACACACACACACCUGACACUCCAGGCAGACUCAAGCUCAUACGAAGUGUAAGGUUCAGUUAGUAUUGGCACCCAGGUUUGGGAGGGAUACUGACACGGAUAGCUGAGCAGACAGGUGUGAGACUGAUGCUAACUGAGUGCAGAUGCUGACUCUAAAGUGUUGGCUACUAGCGCUAAUGUUCCUUCUCACAUCACAUGUGAAGACUUCAGUUCUGUCAGCCUCCCAAGCAUGAAAUUGAAAAUGGAUGCAAAAUUGUUGUGGAGGAAUCAAAGACAUGUUCUGAGGUUGCUGAACUUUUUAUUUAUUUUUGGGUUAUUUACUAUUGUUGUGAUCAAUCUAUCAGUCUUAUGAAACAAGUUUAUAACACUGACAAUUAAUGGUCUUGUAAAUAUAAUUUCUAUGUAUAACUACAACCCAGAUACCAUAAGUGACCUAAUGUACACGUUCAGGAGAUUCCACCAAUGAACUGGGACACAAUAUAGCAAAGUACCUUUAGAAAGAUAUAUCUAAACCUCAUUGUGGAACUGAGAUUUUCAGUGUUUUUAUGUGUUCACCUGUGUAAAUGCAAACUGUUGUGCUCUUUCACUUUUUGAAGGGUAAUUCAUUAUUAUUAUUGACAUGAUAUUUAUUAUGAAAUGUGAAUAUAAGAUAUUCCUCUCCUA